UGCUGGAAAGAAUGAGUUCAGAUAAUGAAGAUGAAGUAUUAUGUACACCUCCAGAAAUAAGACAGGCUGCUAAUGUUACCGUACAGAAUUUAUUUCCCGAAAAAUCCAAAAACAAAUAUAAAUGUGUUUACCAAAAUUUUCAAGAUUGGUGCAUCAGUAAGAACAUUAAGUCAUCGUUUACAGAGAAUGUUCUUUUAGCAUAUUUCAGCGAACUUAGCACUAAAUAUAAAGCAUCGUCACUAUGGACUUUCUACUCUAUGCUAAGAAGCACACUCAACAUAAAUAAUGGAAUCAAUAUAGAGAAUUAUUUGAAAUUACGUGCGUUUCUUAAACGUCAAUCAGAGAAACAUGUAUCUAAAAAGGCAAAAACUUUUACGCCAGAACAACUUAAUAAGUUCAUAAAUGAAGCUCCUGAUGAGAAAUAUCUGGCGACAAAGGUUGCUUUAAUAAUGGGCAUUAUGGGUGCUUGUCGUGCAGCAGAAUUGCACUCUAUGAAGAUUACAGAUUUAGAAGACCAUGGAUCUAUUUUUAUGGUCAGUGUACCAAAUACAAAAACAAAAAUUAGCAGAAAAUUCACUGUUACUGGAAAUUUUUAUACCGUAGUUAAAAAAUAUUUAAAUCUUCGUCCUACCGAUAUAUCGCAAACGAUAUUAUUCUUUAGAUUUCAAAAUGGAAAAUAUCACUCACAAAGAAUUGGCAUUAAUAAAUUUGGAGCAAUGGGGAAAGACUUUGCUACAUUCUUAAAAUUACCAGACUCUAAUUUAUAUACAGGGCAUUGUUUUCGCCGCUCGUCGGCAACUUUAUUAGUAGAUGCUGGAGGGGAUAUAACGGCACUGAAACGCCAUGGCGGUUGGCGAUCAACUACUGUGGCUGAGGGGUACAUUGAUGACUCCGAAAAAAAUAAGACAGAUACUGCAAAUAAAAUAUAUAGUUCUAUAACACCGCAGCCAGUUAGUACAUCAACAACAUAUAUGCAACAAACACAAGAAGAAACAAUAAACUUCCAUAAUUCAGUCCCACAUAUUCAAUUUACUGGUUGUUCAAACUUUACAGUUAAUUUUAUUAAUAAACCAAAUGAGUAAUUAAAACUAAAAUUUUUAUAGCAUUGUUAUAGGUAACUAUUGAGAUUUGUCAAUAAAGUUCUUUCUCUGUACUUGUUU